CUAUGUCUGAGAAGCGGUGGGAAGUGAAAUAGCGCAGUGGCAGCAGAAGCAGCAGCAGCAGAGUCACCAAGCGGAAAGAUGGCGACCCGGACGAUGCAAGCGGCUCGAUGCCCCACUGAUGAGCUGUCAUUAACAAACUGCGCAGUGGUGAGUGAGAAGGACCUGCAGUCUGGACAGCAUGUGAGUGUUAAAACCACUCCAAACCACAAGUUUGUGUUCACAGUGAAGAGUCAUCACACCGUAACACCUGGAACUAUAGCAUUCAGCUUACCACAGAGGAAAUGGGCCGGACUCUCAAUUGGUCAGGAAGUGGAAGUAUCAAACUAUAAUUUUGACAAAUCGAAGCAGUGUAUCGGCGCAAUGAUGAUCGAGAUCGACUUCCUGCAAAAGAAAAGCACUGACUCAUCCCCAUAUGAUUCAGAUAAAAUGGCCAGUGAAUUCAUUCAGCAGUUCAAUAACCAGGCCUUCACCGUGGGACAGCAGUUGGUGUUUAGUUUCUGUGAUAAACUCUUUGGCCUUGUGGUGAAGGACACUGAGGCAAUGGAUGCGAGCAUACUGAAGGGAGAGACAGCCAGUGGAAAAAAACAAAAGAUUGAGAUUGGUCUGUUGGUGGGAAACAGUCAGGUGAUCUUUGAGAAAGCAGAGAAUUCCUCCCUUACACUUGUUGGAAAAGCCAAAACCAAAGAGGCACGUCAGACGAUUAUUAAUCCGGACUGGAACUUUGAGCGCAUGGGCAUCGGCGGAUUGGAUAAAGAGUUCUCAGACAUCUUCCGGAGAGCAUUCGCCUCGCGAGUCUUUCCUCCUGACAUAGUGGAACAGAUGGGUUGUAAGCAUGUUAAAGGCAUUCUCCUCUUUGGUCCCCCUGGUUGUGGUAAGACUCUGAUGGCGAGACAGAUCGGUAAGAUGCUGAACGCCCGUGAGCCGAAAGUCGUAAACGGACCAGAGAUUCUCAAUAAGUAUGUCGGCGAGUCUGAGGCCAACAUCAGGAAACUGUUCGCUGAUGCUGAGGAGGAGCAGAAGAGGUUGGGUGCUAAUAGUGGGCUGCACAUUAUCAUUUUUGAUGAGUUGGAUGCCAUCUGUAAGCAGCGUGGUACAGGAGCAAGCAGCACCGGAGUCCAUGACACGGUCGUCAAUCAAUUGCUAUCCAAAAUUGACGGUGUGGAGCAGCUCAACAAUAUCCUCGUUAUAGGAAUGACUAACAGACCUGAUCUAAUCGACGAUGCUCUGAUGAGACCUGGCAGAUUUGAAGUGAAAAUGGAGAUUGGUCUGCCGGAUGAGAAGGGUCGUGUCCAGAUCCUCAGCAUUCACACGGCUAAAAUGCGAGAGUUCAACUUGCUCUCGUUGGAUGUGGAUCUGAAGGAACUGGCAACCGAAACAAAGAACUACAGUGGUGCUGAACUGGAGGGAUUAGUGAGAGCUGCGCAAUCAACCGCCAUGAACCGACACAUUAAGGCCACAGCCACAGUGGAAGUAGACCUGGAGAAAGCUGAGAAGCUGCAGGUGUGCAGAGGGGAUUUUAUGGGAGCGCUAAACAACGAUAUCAAACCUGCGUUUGGUACGAAUCAGGAGGAUUACGCGAGCUACAUUAUGAACGGCAUUAUUAAAUGGGGCGAUCCAGUGAGUCACGUGCUGGAUGACGGAGAGCUGCUUGUUCAACAAACCAAGAACAGCGACAGAACUCCGCUGGUGGCCGUGCUGCUUGAAGGUCCUCCUCACAGCGGGAAAACGGCGUUAGCUGCUAAAAUCGCCGAAGAUUCACAGUUUCCCUUCAUUAAGAUCUGCAGCCCUGAUAAAAUGCUCGGCCACUCCGAGAUUUCAAAAUGUCAAGCCAUCAAAAAGAUUUUUGAUGAUGCUUAUAAGUCCCAGCUCAGCUGUGUGGUGGUGGACGACAUUGAGCGCCUGCUGGAUUACGUUCCCAUUGGCCCAAGAUUCUCUAACCUCGUCCUCCAAGCACUGCUGGUUUUACUGAAGAAAGCACCACCUCAUGGCCGUAAGCUGCUCAUCAUCGGCACUACGAGUCGUAAAGACGUCCUGCAGGAGAUGGAGAUGCUCGACGCCUUCAGCACCACCAUACACAUCCCUAAUAUCAGCACCGGAGAUCACCUGGUGGAGGCGCUAGAGCUGUUGGGCAGUUUCACAGAUGCCGAGAGAGCGACUAUCGCCCAGCACGUGAAAGGAAAGAGAGUGUGGAUUGGAAUUAAGAAACUCCUCAUGCUCAUUGAGAUGUCACUGCAGAUGGAACAGGAGUAUCGUGUCAGCAAAUUCCUCACUCUGCUACGGGAUGAGGGAGCAGAUCGCGGCUUCUAAGAGGAACGGAUGGAGCUCCGACUCGCACCUCGUCAUUCUGUACCCUUCGUCGUAACCCCCUCACAUACACACACGCCACAGUGUGUGUAGCGUCUUGUGUUUUGUGAGCUACUGUUCUGGAUAUUAAAAAAAUAAAUAAAACAAAAGAUAUAAAGAUGUACAAACUUAUCACUAUACACACUAUUCUGUAUUGUGUGUGAAUGUGUCAUAUAUAUUUAGAGCUUCUAUAUCAUGCAGGUGUGUGAUACGUGAGAAAAAUCUUGCAAUCUAAGUGAGUAGUCGUGUUGUAACACACACCGACGAUGUACUAUUACAUUUAUGACUGAGUGGAGUACAAGUUGUGGUGUACAGUUACAGUGUGAUGUGUGUGUGUAUGGGUGUGUAUGGGUCUGUGUAUGUUAGAGCUUUAAUCAAGAAUGAAAUGUUGAACGUGAUAACAUUCUAGUCACCCCAACCUGGCCUACCACACCAGAGACCGAUCUAAACUGAUCUUAUCUGAUCUAAUCGGCAUAACGAGUCAUCCAAAAUUGAAUUUUAAAAUCAAACGCUAGUGUUACAGGAGCACCUCUUAGCAUUGACUCCUUCUUCUCAUCUUUUACCAGUGUGUGAACCCCCUUGUUCACACAUUCAAAAUGUUUAAUGUACAUCUAAAAAAAAAUUCACAGAUGUUAGUUUGCGCUUUUAUUGUUAGUUACUGAAAGAAUCAUGUGCUAAGCCAGCUAGCCAAUUUAGAAUCAUUAGGUAUUCACUAGCUAGCUAAUUUUCUCUGCAGACUCUAGCUAGCGAUGUUAGUGCACUACAUUUGGCUGUUUUAUGUGACAAGGUUAAUUAGUCUCAGCUCUCUAAACCGUCAUGUAACUGAGUAACUGUGUAAACGAUGUCGAUGUGAAGCGCUAGAGCACAUUUCUAGUUAGACUAGACUGAGUAGCGCUUUUAAACAACAUUGUCGACCCUCAACAGCUCGCAUGGGAUAAAGUUAUAUAUGAUUUAAAUGCAUGAUUUAAACUCAAAUGUGCUCUCUGAGCUUUAUUAUGGAGCAAUCUGUGGGAUGUAAAGGAUAAAAUGCAAGUCAAAAUCUGUUAAAUCUGUGUGUGUGUUGGUGGUGGGAUGGAAAACUUUCAACCUGACAAGUAUUUGACGAACGAAUGGCUUGAACAGCCAGCUCAAGCUCUAGUGUGUGUGUCCUGAAGCCAGUCUUUAUCACCCCAGCAUUUUGAUGAGUGUAUAAAAUGAACAAUCUGAAGUAUAAUCUCUCUCUCCAAUGUCUUGCUCUAUGUCUUUCACUCUAAAUCCACUGUUUGUGUGUGUGUGUGUGUGUGUGUGAGUGGGACUGUAUGUUGUUUGGUGUGCAUUAAUAUUGUUUAGUAAUGAUCAAUGAUGAGAUUUAUUUGGCUUGUGUACUGCACGGUGAUUAGUGCUUGAUGUUCACAUAUGUGAUGUCAUGAAUAUUAAUGCUGUUUGUGAAUAUUAAUGAGGUAUUACUGCAAUAAACACACACACACAGACAGAAA